AUGGCGUCUCCGAACCCCGCCCCCUCCAGGGCUGCCAUCAACGCUCUCCGCGGCGUGCUCCUGACGACGUCCUGCUCCGUCAUUAUCCUCGCCGAAGAACGACGCCGACGCCUGAAUAUUGCUCGAGCCGCCAUUGACAACGCCAAGAAGCUUCAUACAGCCCGGGUACACCACAAUUCGGCUGCAUUGGCUGAGAGCUACGGCCGACGGGAAGCCUUUCCAGUUGAGAUCGCCCAUGAUUUCAACCCUGUGCCGGCACCCAAAAACUCAGUUCGUCGUCAAAGGCGCCGGAUUGACAGCCCGAAGAAUGAUGUAUUGGAAUCGAAGGAGGUCGAGUCAAUUGAUGGGUUCAAGACGAAACUGAACCAGGAGGGCAAUACGGCCCAGGCGCGUCAAACCAGAUGGGACGAGUGGGAUUUGUCUCGAAAAGAUUCCUGCAGGAUCUCGGAUACCAGCUCCUUUACCCGAAUUCCUCCCCUCUUAAGGAUUUCUGCCGACAACAAUCUUUCAAACUCUACACUACCACAUUCGGGAUGGAAACCAAGGACACCAAACGCCCGUCGAGCCCAGGAACUAGACAAUCUGGACGUCGUUCAUCAGCAUGUAUCAUCCGAGGCAGCCAGUGUAAACCCGCCAUCACGGAGCCAAGAUGCAAGCGCUGAAGGAACUACACGGAAGCUUUCCAGGAAAUCCUCGGAUGGUCCGUUCGGGGAUUUGGAUGCUCUCCUCGCCAAAUUGGAGUCUCCAGUAUCCGUCCGCAGUCAGAUCGUUGAGCAGCAGGAGAAGUGUGCCAGAAUGUUGCAAGAGUUGAUAAAAUCUGGGGUUGAGGAACCUCAGGCCGUCUUCUCGAGGGGCAUUCGUCUCCUUCAGUCCACAGCAAGUUCCAAGGAGUACAGUAAUGUGCCCCUUAUCUUGGAUACGAUUAGUCCUGUUUGCAAAGACCUUUACCUCCUUGCUAUCCCAUUCAUGGACCGCCUUCUACAGACUGGCGACAAGGAAGGUGUUCGGCACCUUGUCAAGGAGUUUUCUCGACUCCAAGAUCAAAGAUUAGAGGGAGCUUCAUACAAAUAUCGAAAUGAGUGGGUCACCGGUUUCCUCACUCAUUACUGGAAGACGACCAAGGACUUUGGCCGAGUCAAGGAGAUCUACGGCACACUGCAAGAGUGUGGUAUGUCUACUUUUACGGCCACCAGACAGUACGCCAUCCGACGCAGACUCACUCUUAUUGCCCUGGAUGCUGGAGACGAUACGACAGCGGCCGAAGGACUGGCGCGCCUCCAAGAGUUGAAACCCAAGCUGGCCGAAGCCGACGUCAAGCUUCGAGGUCGAUUUGUUGUACGAGAUGCUGAAUUGGGUCUAUGGGACAUAGUUUGGACUCGACUGGAUACUUUUUUCAACAAGGACAAGCCCUCACCUGCGUUCCAGAACGUCCUCUCUUGGUUGACCAGAAUCUAUUGCCAGGACCACUCACCAGCAGAGAUUGAUAUCUUUGUGCGGGAUCUUAUCUCAGUUCAUCGGAUGGCUUUGAGCAAAACUCUUGCCUUUGCAGUUCUUGACAGGCACGGACGGAAUCGCGAUCUCAAGGCGUUGGUCGCUUGGCUUGAGUUCUGCCAGGAUGGUGGGCUAGAGAUGGAUCAAAUCUUCUUCAACGAGGUUGCCGACAAAAGCUGCAAAUAUUGGAACCUGGCUCGUGCAGACUUGCUACACAUGUUGAAGGACCUACAAACCUCUAUGCCUUGGCUGCACGACCCCCUUCUGGCCAGGUACAAGGCUAACGGCGCCUUGCACGACUUGCACAUGCCCUUGCCUGGUGAACAGGGAGAUGGCUAUGCCAUUGUAUCAACGUUACCCGACUGUGGAGGUGACUCGAUCCCGAUCUUCGAACGGACAGUGUUCAAAUACAUGAACACGCUGGCACUGCAGGAAGAAUGGGGCCGUGUCUACAACACGUAUCAAGAGGCUGUCGACAAGGGCCUGGGAUGUUCAGCACGCUGUCUUCGACUGGCGGUAGUUGCCAACAUCCAUCUGGAAGGACCCCAUUCUCGCACAGCAUCUGAGCUGAUCAGCAAGGCGCACGAAGAGAAGCAUGACAUCAGCGGAGCUUUGGUACCAAUGCUGGUGUCACGACUUGAGUGCGGUGAUGAUGUGGGCAACUUGCUUCAAGAGACUCUAAGCAAGGGGCAACGCGUUCACGACAGUGUUUACAACAAGGCUGUACGGGUUCUGAUGCAAAAGGGCAGGCAGGAGGCUGCGAUCAAGGUGUGCGAGAUUGCGGCAGAAACAAACGGCAUGGGCGAAUUGGCAUACAACAAGUUCAACUUUUCCAGCCUUGUCUAUGCCUACACAGGCCAGAGGCGGUACGAAGACCUCCGAUCACUGGUUACUUCCUUCACAUCAAAGUCGGACUGGUGGCAGGCCAGUAAGGAAUGCAAGGAGUCAAUCAAGCUGGCAAUCAAGACGAUAGCCGGAAGGAAGGCGAGGGAUGGCGCUGUCAACACAGAGCGCGAGGAAGCCUUGCUUUGCCUCGACGAUGCGCUGCAACACAUCAAGUCAUUACGGGCAACAAAUCGACAGGAGAGGGAGACACUAAAGAAGGAGGUUGUGAGCGUAUUUGGGAUGGUGGAGCAGCCACCAGCAUUUGACGGAGGCUUCUUCCCAGAUACUCAAGUGGAACGUCAAAUGCCCAAGUCCAAGAGGAGCAUCGUUCGGGAUGCAACGACUUCACGAGAGACAACAAUACAGCCUGAAGAAACAAGGCAGGAAGAUGAUGGACUGGCUAGGAGCAAUGGAGCCAAGGACACUCGAACGGAACAGCGAUCGAGGCCAAGAAGAGAGAGGACGCCAUCCCCUGAGAUGAGCGAGCAGGAAAAGGCGUAUUUGGAGAGACAAAGCCUGGCUGGAGCAUGGUUUUGA